CCAUUUACAUCAUUUACGAUAGUUGCACAACUAACGCUCGUAAACAUUUGUGAGGAAAUGUGUUCUCCUAUCUAACUUGGGUCUCCUUCAAUCCAGAUCUGAUGUUGUCAUAUUUGUUUUAAGUGGUUCGUGUUGCUGUCAUGAAAAGUUAAAUGCUACAUUCAUGGAGUUCAUUUAGAAAAUCAGUAUUCAUGAGCGAUUCUUAACAACCUCCCAGAAUAGACGUGACUGCUACAAGACAUCAAGUGCCUUCAGGCGGAGAGAGUGGUGAAAACACACUGGUCGUAAAUCUGUAAACGGAUCAUGUAUCCUUGCUUUCUAUGCUGAGGAAGAUGCUAUGGAUGCAGAGGAUUACAUGUAAUUGCGCUUAAAAUCAGUGCAUGCAUGGAAUGACAAUGAGCGGUGUCCUCGUCCGUGAUCAGAGAGUUUGGUAACAUAUUCCCUUAGAGGCAGGUUGCAUUGAGAUGUCACCCUCACCCCAGCCAGCCAUCCAUAAUUCAUCAUCCCACUGUCUCCGGUUUGAACAGUGUCGGAGCACACGGGAGCGCAUCCCGGCGGGGAAUUAAGAGUUUACGUAAGGCUUCCUGGGGAGGACGGUGCGUGCACGGUCCGCCGCAUCCAUAAUUGAGGUGAGGAGAGCCCACCUCGGUGCAGCUGUGCGGCGCUUCGACAAACAGUCAUUUCACGCUCGCAGGAGCGGGUAAAACAAAUCGCUCUCCAAACACACAUACACACACAUGCAGAGGGAAGUACAUAGUACCCCACCUUCAGUUCCAUACCAGUAGACUGCCAUCCAGCCGUGCUGCAAGAGGUGUGAUUUGAUUUUCAACUUGGGGAAACAUUUUAUGGAAACAACUCUCUCUCUGUGUCUCUCCAUUUCUCUCCGGCUUUCCUCGGCUUGAUUGCAUUUCCCUAGAGAGAGAUGAUAUAUCUGUGAUCCAAUACAUCCUGCUUCUUAUUUCACUUUGAUUUGAUACAUUAAGGAACUCACCUCCACCUUGUAUGAGGUAUCAAUUUUUGGAGCCAUUCAUCAUUCAUCAUAAAUUUCGAUUACUCUUGCUGGUAACAUUUGAAGGGCACCAUAGAGAUUCAAACAUAUGGUUGUAACCAAACAGCUCCUCCCAGGUAUUUUACAAAUUGAUUUCAUUCCAGCCUUUUGCUGUCGCCGAUGAAACAGCACUAUGGCCAUCCUCCAGAUAAUUCUUCCGUUGUUUUUCACGAUAUGUUCCUUCCUAACCCCGGCGUAUCUUUCGCAAGAAUCAGCAGCACAACAAUGGAACUACUGCGUCGUCGGGGCGGGUCCCUCCGGCCUACAGAUGGGGUUCUUUCUGGAGAGGGCGGGGCGCAAUUAUGUUAUUUUUGAGAAGGCAAACAUCAGUGGGGCGUUUUUCACCACCUAUCCUCGACAUCGGAAGUUGAUCAGCAUCAAUAAGAGACAUACUGGAAAGACAAACAAAGAGUUUAAUAUGAGGCAUGAUUGGAAUUCUCUGCUGAGUGAUGAUGAAACUUUACUAAUGAAGCAUUACUCCAAGGAGUUUUUCCCUGAUGCUGAUAUUUACGUCAAAUACCUGAAUGAUUACACAACCAAACUAGGCCUCAAUGUCCAGUAUAACACUGAGAUAUCCAAUAUAGCUAGACAUGACCUGCCUAAUAUGAAUGGACAGUACUUUACUAUGCAAGAUCAGAACGGCAAUGGAUACCAAUGCAGAGUAAUGAUCAUCAGCACAGGGAUGCACAAGCCCAACAAUCCACUGUUCCCAGGGCAUGAACACACAGAUGGCUAUGAAGACAUGUCUCUGGACCUGGAUGACUAUGAGGGAAAGAGUGUCCUCAUCCUUGGGCGCGGUAACUCCGCCUUUGAGACCGCAGACCACAUCUUAGGCUCCACCAACGUGAUCCACGUCAUGGGCAGGUCAAGGGUCAAAAUGGCAUGGGAAACGCAUUAUGUAGGGGAUCUAAGGGCAAUCAACAAUGGGUUGUUGGAUACCUACAUGCUAAAGUCUUUAGAUGGCUUGUUGGAGGCAGACCUAUCUGAGCUAUCCAUCCUAAAAAGAGAAGAUGGCCGUCUCCAGCUUGUCCCUCUUGAACAUGAUGAGAUGGAUCCGUCAUCGAUAAACAGGGUCUCCAUUGAUAACUUUGCGUUGAGGGAGCCCUACGAUAAAGUGAUCCGCUGUCUUGGUUUUACGUUUGAUUUCUCUAUAUUUCAUAAUUCUACCACACCUCAGGAAGGAACCAAGAAACGAACCAAGAAGUACCCUUAUGUGAAAGCCAAUUAUGAGGCUUCAGGAAUCAGGGGAAUGUUCUUUGCCGGGACCAACACCCAUUCUAUUGACUUCAAGAAGUCAGCAGGAGGAUUCAUACAUGGAUUCAGAUAUACAACACAAGCAUUACAUAAAUUACUUGAAUGGCGAUACCACAAUAAACCAUGGCCAUCGAUCCGACUGCCAAUGAUGGAGCUAUUAGAUCGUUUAAUCAGACGUCUAAAUGAAGCAUCCGGUCUCUAUCAGAUGUUUUAUGUAUUGGGUGAUGUUGUUUUACUCCACAAAGAUACCAUGGAGUUUGAAUAUCUUGAGGAAUUCCCAACUCUCAUGUUGCCAUGGUUACAAAAAGCAUCAGGUCACAACCACACAGAAGUUCUUGUGGUGAUUAUGGAGUAUGGUAAAAACUUUUCAGGUGCAGGGAAGGAUGUCUUUAGAUCAAACAGGGCAGUGGGAGAGCCCGAAGAUGGCCAUCUAUCCAACUUCCUUCAUCCCGUUAUCUACCAUUAUAAGACAAUCCCAACCCUUGAGGAGAUGAACAAUCGCUCCAAAUGGGAGACCAUCCCAAAACCAGAUUCCAUCCAUCAUUUUGUUGAGGAUUUCUUGACCGACUGGUCAGCGCCCAACAGCCACAUCUUGGUGUUCCGUAGGUUCCUGGAGAAGGUGCUUGGGACGGACAUGCGUUACUUCUUUGACCACCAGUGUUUCCAGUUAUCCCUGACCCAUGCCCAGCUACCCCUCUCUUGCCAGCACUACUGGGCCAACGGUCAAGGGUUACCGGCCACUCAGGCCAUGAUGGAGAGCACGGCUCACAUGACAUGGUUUUGAGGCUCACAAUUGCCUCUUCCUCUGCAGUACUCGAGUUAAGAAGCCUUCUGAACAUGAUUAACUCCUGUUUUCUGAAACAUUUGUGCUAUUUUUUGUGUCAAAUUUGUUUGCUUUGCAUUUGGGCUAACAUGUAUUAGUUCUUCAAAUACAUCUAGUUACCACUGAUUGUUUUUUAUGUUGUUGUUUUUUUGUUUGGGGUUUUUGUAAAUCUUUAUUCUAUUAGCAUCUUGGUAUGGUACAUCUUGCUAUGGUUUUAACAGGGUUCUUUGUCCUUUUUUGUGCUAAAGUUUGGUUUUGAUUAUUCUUGUGUGAAAUGACUUUCACAGACUAUAAUUUUCAAGAUAUUCGGUUAAUCUUUUCUUCUCAAGAUCUGAUAUUAAAUACUAUUGCAAUGAUCUGGUUCAAAAUUCCUAUAGUUCAUUCUAUAUGCUAAGUAUGUUUGUGUUGUUGUGUAUAGGUCUGUAGUAUGGAAUAUAUUUUUCUGAUAUCUUGACUGAACAAUAUAUGAUAAACAGGGUUUUAGAUAUACAUGUAUAGAUAUAUAACAUAAUUUAUGUAGAUUUGAUUCAGUGACAGGUCCCUACGGCAACACAUGAUCAUAGCGAGACAAAUCGCGAUUGUUAUAUUUGACAUCACCUCAGUGAAUGUAACUGUGUUGUAUUGUAAACGGCGGUGGUAUAUUCACUGAGUUGAUUUCACUUGGUGCUUAAAAGCUGUGUCAUCAAGUACUUUUAAUACUGGAUGUACAUGCUAGUGUGUAUGCAUAGAAUGAAUGAAGCGCAGGGUCGCUGUGUUUUUCUAGUAUGACGUGGAUGGAUCAGAGCAGCAGCAUGCAUUGCAUGUUUACCGUAAAGACAAUGCAGACUCUGUUGGUGAAUCCAUAACAGAUAUUGUCUAUUGUAACAUUUCAACUACCUUCAAAGCUAUAUUAUCCCCUAGGGAGAAUAUUUCCCUUAGUAAUUUGCGCUUCAGGCAAAA